GGACGUAAUGGAGGAGAAGCAUGAUUAGAAUUCACAAGUUAAAACUUUUGAAAAAAAUGGCUGCUGGCUACAAAACCCCCUGGAAUAUCGCCACCCAGCGCCUCCAACUCACAUCCAAUCACUUGACGGCACCGGUAAACUCCAGAUCCCUCAGCUACUCCACCGUGGACCUGGGAUCCAAGUAUUCUGUCGACUACAAAAAGUACUUGACAGACACCAAUGGAAACGUCAAGUCGUUCAUGCAUGACGUACCAUUGGAUCUAGAUACCCGGAAUGGCACCGCCACCAUGGUGGUGGAGAUUCCCCGGUGGUCGUAUGCCAAGUUUGAAAUCAACACAAAGCUCGAGGGAAAUCCCAUCACCCAGGACAUAAAAAAGGGGAAUGUACGGUUUGUUAAGAACUUAUUCCCGUUUCAUGGGUACGUUCAUAACUACGGAGCAUUGCCCCAGACGUGGGAAGAUGCCACGAACUCGAACGGUUCGUUGGGGUUGUACGGUGAUAAUGAUCCAUUGGACGUGGUGGAAAUCGGGUCGCAAGUAUUGGACACCGGUGCCAUUGAACGGGUCAAGGUGUUGGGGUCGUUAGCGUUGAUUGACGACGGAGAGUUGGACUGGAAGGUGGUGGUGGUACGCACGGCGGACCAGUUGGCCCUGCAAUUGCACGACAUUGCCGAUGUACAAACCAUUUGUCCUGGCUUACUAGAGGCUACAAGAGAGUGGUUUCGAAAUUACAAGAUCCCCGAUGGGAAACCUGCCAACCAAUUUGCCUUCAACGGCGAGUUUAAGAACCGUGAAGAAACCAUACGCCUAGUGCAAGAGAAUCACGAGGCAUGGGACAAGUUAGUCCAUGGUCACAUUAAGGCCGAUGCUGCCAAAUUGCCAAAUAUAGCCAACACGAGUGUUUCGGGGUCGCUAAAGUACCAGGAAGCCUAUGACCACAAAACUCUCCUGUUAAACCCGUCAACACCUGACAUGCCAUUGCCUGAACACGUCGACCGCAUGUACUAUUGUGGAAGCAGUUAGUACCUCUUAAUGUACAAUUUCUAGUGCG